AUGUUUUCCGACUGGUUGCCAAUAUUUUACGCUUGCAUUGGAGUUUUAUCUCUUAUCCUAAAUGGCUUCACGAUAUUCUUGGUGCUUUUCAAGAGCAUGAAAAUUGACAGAUUUCGAUACUGUAUUUUGGCGUUCCAGAUCCUGUGCACCUUUACCGAUAUUCUUCUGACAUUUCUCAUGCAGCCUGUACCCCUUUUCCCUAUCAUGGCCGCCUAUUGCUCCGGGCUUCUUGCAAAAUACGUCUGGGCUCACUACCUUGUGACCAGUCUGGCAGCAAGUAUGGCGGCCCAGAUACAAUGUCUGAUAUACUGUUUUCUGAAGAAACAUCGGAGCAUCGGAAGAAUUCUGGAGCGACAGGUUAUUCCUGACAAUAUGUUUGUUUUGUUGGAAAUUACAACACCGGUGGCUCCGGUGGUGGUCUUUGUGACUGUGCUUAAAGCCGGACUGGGGAGAGAAGAGCAAAUGGGUUAUCUGGAGAAGAUCCGUCGCUUGCUGGCUCAACUGGCCGCCGCUUCGCUUUGCUUCGGACCUCCGCUAUUAACAGUCGUGGUGGUAAUGCUCGAGUUUAGAUAUACUCAACUGACUAUUCAAUGUCUAGUGGUAAUCUUUGCUUCUCAUUCUACAAUUAACGCUUUGGUACUGGUCCUGGCAACACCUCCGUAUAGGAAAUACGUUUUUCCGCAGACUAAAAAAAAACCAUCGAAAGCACAUCUUUGGGUCAAAAUAAUUGUGGUCAAAGCUCUCAUAUGA